AUUCCAUCGCCAUUUCGAUGCAUUUGUAGUUUCAACAAUGGCAGCAACUAUGCAUCUCUCUCCUCUGGUCUCGGCGUCUGCAAUCUUCCUUACUCCCGAAAGAACUAAACCCAAAACCAUCGUUAACAACGACACUUCUCCUCCAAAUGGGUCAUUCGGAAACUGCAAAACCAUGGACGAACUCAAGCAAUUACACUGCGACAUCACGAAGAAAGGCCUAAACCAUAGAAUCUCUUCCAUGACCGAGCUCAUCGCGAAAGGCGCCGAAAUGGGCACCUCCGAAAGCUUGGAUUAUGCCCGCAGAGCUUUCGAGUUGUUUAAGGAAGACGAGGCAAGUAUCGGGACUUUGUUCAUGUACAAUUCCCUUAUGAGGGGUUACUCUUCUGCUGGGCUUGGUUUUGAGGCCAUUUCGGUUUAUGUUCAGAUGUUGGUUUUGGGAAUUACGCCUGAUAAAUACACUUUUCCGUUUGUUCUGAGCGGUUGCGCGAAGGCGGAGGCAUUUCGAGAGGGCAUUCAGCUCCAUGGGGCGGUUGUAAGGAUGGGUUUGGAGCGAGAUUUGUUUAUCGGGAAUUCGCUGAUUCAUUUUUACGCUGAAUGCGGGGAGUUGGAUAGUGCGCGGAAGGUAUUUGAUGAAAUGCCUGAGAGAAAUGUUGUGUCCUGGACUAGUUUAAUUUGUUGUUAUGCGAGGAGGGAGUUGCCGAAGGAGGCUGUUUCGUUGUUUUUCAAGAUGGUGGCUGCGGGUGUUGAGCCCAAUGCGGUUACGAUGGUGUGCGUGAUAUCUGCUUGUGCGAAGCUGAAUGAUCUUGAAUUGGGUGAGAAAAUACGUGCUUAUGUUCAGGAGUCAGGGGUGAAGCUUAACGCCUUUAUGGUGAAUGCGCUUGUCGAUAUGUACCUGAAAUGCCGAGCUAUUGAUGAUGCGAAGAGGCUUUUCGAUCAGUGUGCUGAUAAAAAUUUGGUUCUUUGUAAUACAAUGAUGUCAAACUAUGUGGAUCGGGGGCUGGCUAGAGAAGCUCUUUCUAUUUUUGAUGAAAUGCUGCGAGGGGGCCCACAACCCGACAGGGUGACAUUGUUGUCUGUAAUCUCAGCGUGUUCGCAGUUAGGUGAUAGUCUUUCUGGAAGGUGCUGCCACAGUUAUGCGUUAAGGAAUGGACUAGAAGGUUUUUAUAAUAUUUCUAAUGCCAUGAUUGACAUGUAUAUGAGGUUUGGCAAACAAGAGAUGGCCUGUAAAAUUUUUGAUCGUAUGCCAAAGAAAACGGUAGUCUCAUGGAACUCGUUGAUUUCCGGAUUUAUUAGAAAUGGGGAUGUGGAAUCUGCUUGGAAGAUGUUCAACGAGAUGCCGGAGCGUGAUCUCGUCUCUUGGAACACAAUGAUUGGUGCUCUUGUAGAAGAAAGUAUGUUUGAGGAAGCAAUUGAACUCUUCCGAGAUAUGCAGAGUAAGGGGAUGAAAGCGGAUAGGGUGACCAUGGUGGAGGUGGCAUCUGCUUGUGGUUAUCUAGGAGCUCUUGAUCUUGCUAAAUGGGCCCAUGCUUAUAUAAAAAAGAAUGAAAUCCAAUGUGAUAUGCUUCUGGGGACAGCCUUAGUCGACAUGUUUGCCAGGUGCGGCAAUUCUCAAAGUGCAAUGCAAGUUUUCAAUAACAUGCCAAGAAGAGACGUUUCUGCUUGGACUGCAGCUAUUGGAGCAAUGGCAAUGGAAGGAAAUGGGGAGCGAGCAAUGGAGCUCUUUGACGAGAUGCUCAACCAAGGGGUGAAACCGGAUAGAGUGGUCUUUGUGGCGCUACUAACAGCAUUCAGUCAUGGUGGGUCUGUAGAACAAGGCCAGAAACUUUUCGAUUCAAUGAAGGAAGUCCAUGGAAUCACUCCAGAGAUUGUUCAUUAUGGUUGUAUGGUUGAUCUACUUGGCAGAGCUGGAAUGUUAAAGGAAGCUAGUGAUCUGAUAAAGAGCAUGCCAAUGGAGCCUAAUGACGUGAUCUGGGGGUCUUUCUUGGCUGCUUGUCGAACCCAUAAAAACGUCGAAAUGGCAGCAUAUGCUGCUGAAAGUGUAAAAGAGUUGGCUCCUCAGAAGAGUGGGAUUCACAUUCUUCUAUCGAACAUUUACGCGUCGGCAGGCAAAUGGAAUGAUGUCGCAAAAGUGAGGCUGCAUUUGAAGGAAAAGGGGAUCAGUAAAGUGCCUGGGACAAGCUUAAUAGAGGUUGAUGGGAUGAUUAAUGAAUUCAUGUGUAGUGAUGAUAGUCACCCGAAACAGAGCCAAAUCUCGUCGAUGCUAGAAGAAAUAAACUCCAGGCUCAGAAAUGCUGGUCAUGUUCCUGAGUUGGGCAAUGUUCUGCUUGAUGUGGAUGAGCAUGAGAAAGAGUACUUUCUCAGCCGGCAUAGCGAAAAAUUGGCUAUUGCUUUUGGGCUUAUUAGCACUGGUCAAGGAAUGCCAAUUCGUAUUGUCAAGAACCUUAGAACAUGCUCCGAUUGCCACUCAUUUGCCAAACUAGUUUCGCGCAUAUAUAACCGGGAAAUAAUCAUUCGAGAUAACCACAGGUUCCAUAUUUUCAGGCAGGGGUUAUGUUCUUGUAGUGAUUACUGGUAAUAGUUGUUCUUAAGUGUUUUUUCCUCUAGAAAGAAAACAUAAUAUAUUUGGUUUGUAAAUAACU